AUGGGAAAAUCACUUCCUUCUACAACCAGGCUUCAAGAAUUCGCCAAGAUCUUCACCUCCAACAGACUACAAAUUUCCAAGCCAAUCAAACCCGUUUCCAAAACCCGUCUGCCCGAACCCGCCAAACCCACCAAGGGAAUCCACGUUGAGUUGGAGCAUCAACGAUUGAGGUUGAAGAAGAAGAUGGAAGGGAAUUCAGAGCAGCCAAAAGAGACCCGAUUGCUACUUUCUGAGGUGGUUUCGGACUGCGUGAAGCGGUGGUUUCAGGACACACUCAAGGAGGCCAAAGCCGGGGAUAGCGCCAUGCAGGUCUUGGUGGGUCAGAUGUAUCAUAGUGGCUACGGUGUCCCCAGAGAUGCCCAGAAGGGACGAGCUUGGAUUAGUAGAGCUUCGAAGAGUCGGUCCUCAGUAUGGAAAGUCAGCGAUAAACAUCCAGGAUACAAUGCCAGUGACUCGGAUUCUGAUGAUAUGAAGGUUGACGCCAAAUAGGAUCUAAUGUGCUUUCUUGGUCAAUUUAACAAUGGCAGGGUGAGUUGAAUUAUCUUCCAUUUUAAUUGUUUUUUUUUUCUUGAGAUUAAGCUUAGCUCAAUCUGUUUAAUAAGGCGGUAAAUGAACUCUCGACAUGAUGAGAUAUGCAAUUGUGUUCUUGAUGUCUUUCUCAUGCAGAAUUAUGGUGCACUCUCCAUAGAUAGUAUGUUAUGUAGGAAGCAUAGGAGUUAUCUUUUCACCUUCUUGUUUCAUGCUGUAAACGAAUUUGAGUUAGUCAGAGGAUUGUUUUUAGCCUGAGUGACUUCAAUAAUAUUAUUCGGAGAAUACAGUGCCUAAAAUAAACCUCAUUGUGAUGUUUGCAAAUGGUAUCCUAUCCUACAAUCUACUUUAAACUUGUGUUCCUCAUAGUGGAAAUGCGGUUUAUUUAUUUGUGCAUGAGAUUAUUGCGAUGAUCCUCAAAUUAUAACUGUCCUCUCAUUGAUUCCAAAGCCCUAACUUCCUAUAAGAGCACUUCUCCUCAAUCCUCAUCAUAGCACUCAUUUGAAUACCUCUCUAAUUCUCCAUGUUAAUGUCCCUAACAAGUGUGCCGAAGUACGAGGUGUUAUACAUAUUUCAAAAAAGACUUAUUGUAUGAUCCUCAUAUCAUAUUGCUGCACUACUCAUAGGCUUUGUGCCAUAUGGAUACUUCCUUCACUUCGGGAAGUUGCUGUAUCUAAUCCCUUAAAUUCACGUUGUAUCCAUGCUCACAAGUCAUUGGUUUGUACUUAUAAUGAGAUUGCACAUCCCCACCCCCCCUUCUUUCUUUAUUUAUUUUUAUUUUUUGUUGAUGAUCUUAAUCUUUAGUUUACCUACAUCAUUGGUUUUAGACAGAGACAAUCUAUCAUUGAUGACCUAAGAAGUACGGACAUGGACACUGACACGCAGACGUGACAUUUUUAAAAAAAGCAGCACACGGACACGUUGGAGACAUGCUACAAAUAAUUGUAUUUUAUAUCUAAAAUUAUAUAUAAUUUAUUACAAUUAUAAUGAUAAUGACAUUAUUCAUUGUUAAGUUUGGACGAUUAACAUAGAGACAAUAUUUAGGGAGAAACAGAGGGAGGUUAAAACUUAAUUUAGCCCUCAUAC